UAAUGGAGUAAAUUGUGAUCUUACUGGAUUUAUUCAGUGAUUUGUGAAUUGGGCAGCAUCCCAUUUAACAGGUAGAAAGGAGCUCUACAAAAUGAAUGACUUCCAUAGGCAGAAGUGAGUGGGCACAAGGAAAUUAUCCUGGCAAAAAGUGGGUUGGUUGUGUUCACUUUCCUUUAGGAGAUGGAGGGAGUUUGUUGGGCAGAUUACCUCACUAGGGCUGAUCACCUCGUUCUUGAUUAACUGGUUUAAGAUUCCAUUUUUGGGAGAGCCAAAACUAAUUAAGUCUCAGGUGAGGUGGGACUUAGCAUGAGUAACUCCAUUUUGAACCUGGUGUCUCAUUUUUAAAUAGUCCAAAUUUUAUGAAUAUAGCUAAAUAAAAAUCCUGCUCUUUAAUAGCAAAUGCCAUUUUUGUGUGUGUGUGUGUGUACAGUCUUAAGGCAUGAUUAUUCUGUUCUCACUGUGAAUGGUGUUUUUUACACAUGAUAAACGAGACUAGCAUAUUCACAUACAUUAUAGCUAGAAUAAUCCCUUGCUAAAAACAUAAUUUUUAUCUGCUUUUCAGAACAAAAUUUUUUUCCUAAGCAACUGAAAAAAAUGUGGCUACCAUAGACUGUAAAAUGAAGGAGAAGCUUAGCUUUACUGUGAAGUCUGAGUCUGGGUGUAACCUAACUAGCUAGAGGAUAUGCAAUUCCUGAUUGACAGCAGGACCAGCAUUAUGCAGAUUUGGUAAGAGAGAACAGCAGCUCAGAAAACAGUGAUUAGGGGCUCUGUUAGGAAUCAUUACAUUCAUCACUCAUAUCUUUAGUUUUUCAUUUUCCUGUCUACUGGAUUUGUAAACAAAUAGCACAAAACAGUUCCUCUUUUGUUUUUAUUAAAGUGAUAACUGCAAUGCAGUUCAGUCUAUCAGCUAGUCAUACAUGUGUGAAAAUUGGAUAUUCUCACUAAAUUAGCUAAAUUUUAGCUGUGUUCCAUGUUUAUCUCUAGACCUUUGUGUAUUAAAUCCUGUCUCGAGCUGUUCUCUUUAUACACAAGUGUGUUUUGCUUGUGCCUUCCUGUCUUCUUCAGUGAGAAGCUUUAUGUAGGUCAGGCUUGGCUUAAGCAGAUUUCCUGAACCUGCGUCAGCUUAAGCUGGAGGAAUUUUAAUAAACCCUCCCCUGUAGGCGUGGGCCUAAAUGAGGCUAGCCUAGUUAAGCCUGAUCUUUUUCUGUUUGUGAAAAGAGCUGAGCAGAGCUGAAGGCUGCUGCAUGGUGGUUUCAGAAACUGCCUACUUAAUUUGAAAAGAACAAUGGUAGGAAAGGCUAGAUCUUCCAAUUUUACCUUAUCUGAAAAGCUUGAUUUGCUAAAGCUUGUGAAGCCAUAUGUUAAAAUUCUCGAAGAACACACUAAUAAACAUUCAGUAAUAGUGGAAAAGAAUAGAUGUUGGGAUAUCAUAGCUGUAAACUAUAAUGCAAUUGGAGUAGAUCGCCCUCCUCGAACAGCCCAGGGCCUACGCACUCUUUACAAAAGGCUCAAAGAAUAUGCCAAACAGGAGCUAUUGCAGCAAAAAGAGACCCAAUCAGAUUUUAAAGGCAAUAUUUCUGAGCCAACCAAGAAAGUUAUGGAGAUGAUUCCCCAGAUUUCCAGUUUUUGCCUGGUAAGAGACAGGAACCACAUACAAAGUGCAAACUUGGAUGAGGAAGCACAGGCUGGUACGAGUUCACUACAGGUAAUGUUGGAUCACCAUCCAGUUGCUAUUACAGUGGAGGUGAAGCAAGAAGAAGACAUUAAGCCCCCUCCUCCACUGGUUUUAAGUUCUCAACAGAGUGAUAUUUUAGAACAAAGAGAAGACCAUGAAUUAGUACAUGUUAUGGAAAGAUCUUUGUCGCCGUCACUUUCCUCUGUUGAUAUGAGAAUGACAUCGUCUCCAUCUUCUAUCCCAAGGAGAGAUGAUUUUUUUCGCCAUGAGCGUGGAGAACACUUUAGGUCACAAUUAGGGUAUGAUCCUCAGAUUCUGCAAAUGCUUAAAGAGGAGCAUCAGAUAAUUUUAGAAAAUCAAAAAAAUUUUGGAUUGUAUGUUCAGGAGAAGAGGGAUGGAUUGAAAAGAAGGCAGCAGCUAGAGGAAGAGCUGCUAAGAGCAAAAAUUGAAGUGGAGAAGCUGAAAGCAGUUCGCUUACGGCAUGAUCUGCCUGAAUAUAAUAGUCUCUAAUAUUUUUUUUCAGUCUUGCAAUUUGAUGAUUUUAAUUUUGACCAAAUUAUUUUCAUUUGGGAGCAGAAUACAUACUCUUAAAAGUGCAUUAAUCUCAAUUGUGAAAAAAACUUUUUUGACAUGAUUUUCUAAUUAUUUAAUUUUCUUUUGAGAUAUAUUAAAACUUAUUGAUUGGUUGGCAUGAUUAUAUAUUUUGUCUUCGGUUUUUUUCUAAGAAGUUCGAUUGUUGGCCUUACAAAAGAUUUCUUAUUUUGAUCAUUAAAUUAGAGCACACAUAAAUAGAUAUACAAACAUAUGUAUUCUUUCAAAGUUCUGAGUCUUUGACAUUUUAAAUUAGAGCUUUGAAAGCUAUAGUUCAAGGUUUUUAAGUCAGUCUAAUUUAGAGCAAUACUAGCCUGAUUAACAGAACCUUGCCUAUAAAACAUUGAUUUUUAUGCUUUUCUGUUUUUGAAGAAGUGACAGGAUUUUAGAGAUGAAAGGUACUUGGAAAUCACUUUUUUUCUACCUCUUCGAUUCAGAGGUAAUGAAACUGAGGUCCAGGGAGAGCUUAGUGACUUGAUAUAACAGAGCCGUUUAUGGCAGAGCAAGGACCAGUACUCAGAUUUUGUUUCUUUGUAGAUUCCCCCCCUGCUAUUCCAUAGAAGUAAAAUGUCUUCCUUAUGAAAAAAUUAUGGAAGUGUUUAUUUCAUUACAAUUGCUUUUAAAGAUUCUUAGGUUACAGAACCAGGGAACUUGUAUCAGUUACCCCCAACCUUCUUUCCUUUCUUGUCCAGCAAAAUAAAUGUUCUGUUAGAAUAGUUAUAUAUUUUGGCUAUAAGAUUAAAUGUCCUAAUUUAUUUUUAAUGUCUUAUUCUGAAAGACAUUUAUUUUACAGUAAAAGUCACAGUAAAAAUGUUUUAAUGAAUAAAAUUAAAAUUUUACAUAGAAAUAGCAAAAAAUAGUUAGGAUUUAAUCUAAUACCAUUAUAAAUACUGCUAUUUUAGUAUUUACAGAAAUAAAUAAAAUCUCAAUUCUUAAGCACACAUUAAAUUUAAAUUAAAUCUUCAAUAUGUAUAAUCCAUUUUUGCUGGUGCUUUGUUGAGGAAGGAGUUUUUUAAGCCAAGCUUUAGAACGGAGUAGAUAGAAUUUCAGAAUUUUAGUAUAGUGGAAAAGGAUGUUUAAGUCAGAGGGAGCAAUGUGGAAAAAGGCAUAGAGAAUGGGGAACAGUGAAUCAGGGUGUACAAGCACAAAUACAGUGGUAGGCCAGGUGAUUUUAAGUGGGUGUGGAGAGGGGCAAUUAAGCCUUUGUUACCUGUAUACUAGGGUUAAAUUAGUAGCUACUAUUUAGCUCCAGCAGAUUUUUUACAUGCAGGAGUAAGCCAGAAGUUUGCAUUUUUAUGCGAAAAUUUUCAACUUAAAAAUGUUUGCAAAUAAUUCAAAAUGUUUUAAAAACACUACAUGCAUGUGAAUGGGCCUCAUUCAGCCAGUGGGCUUCCAGUUUGUGGCCUUUGGGGUAGAGGAAUGGUUGACCAAGAGUAGAGCUGACCAGUAACAUCAAGAUCACUUGAGAACUUUUUGACGAAUGUAAAUCCAUUCCUUUUGAAUCAGAAACUCUGGAGGUGUAGUCCAGCAAUCUGUCUUAAUAAACCCUUUAGAGAUUCUGAUGCAAGCUAAUAUUUGAAAACUAUUAGAACAGAGUAUUUGGAAUGUAGGUACGUGCCUAACUCAUACUUCAGUCUCAGAAAAAAUGUACUGGAAAGAGACAUGGGUGAAGAUGAAUUGAGGGACAUCAGUUUAGAAGUUGGUUGGUGCCACAUUAUGGAUUACACUGAAUGUUGUUUUUAAAUAAUUACAGUUGAAUGUACAAUGGGAAGUCAUUGGAGGCUUUUGAUUAUUAGAGGAAUAUAAAUUAGAGUUCUGAAAUAGUGUUAUAAUAGCAUUUAUGGGAUGGGCAUUUAGUGAGAGGAAAUUAAAUCCAGAAUUUAGGUUAUGGAUAUUGAAAUAGAAUAAAAAUAAAAUGGACUUUCUAAUUGCUUAAUUUUAUUGGCAUUUUAUAUCUGCUAUUAGAGUUAAAUAUUUUAUUAUAAAAAUGCCUUGACUAUAUAAUAUUAUAUCUGUAUUUGGUACUUUUCAUCUUUUUGUUACAACUUUUCUUUAAGCCUAAACACUGGACUCAAGAGAUUAGAAUCUUAUAGUUCUAAUUUAAUGUUUUUACAAUAUAAUUCUAGUAAAUACAUCUUUGAAGUAGUCAGUUUUAACUUUAUGAAAUUACUGAGAGCAAAUUACUAAUAUGUAAUGAAAUUCAUAUUAUAACCUCAGCAUGCUACUCCUCAGAAUUGUUGUGAAUGUUCAAUUUGAAUGUUGACUUUGUGUGGCUACAUCAGUUUUCCAAACUCUGUUCUGUGGAACAAGAAUUCCAUGGGAUGUUUCUAGAUUUCUGUGUUCAAAAAAAGUACAACACACAUUGUGUGGAUAGGUUCUAAAAUCAGUGUGGAAGGUAAAAAUGUACAUAAAAGAUUGCCCUUGAAAGUUUUUUUGCUUUCCGUAAGAUAGAGUAAACAUAGUCUUCUACCGUCAUUUUUCCCUCCAGUUUUGUUCACGAUUAUUUUUUCUUUGGUUGCAUCAGGUGACAGAUUUCUUAGCAUUUAGGGACUGAAUAGAAUAAAAAACUUUAUUUUUGCAUAUGUUUUAUUACCAGAAUUGUACUUAGUUCAGGGAGUUUACUGCCCCCAUUUUUUCCAAAUCAAUCUUAUUUAAUUUUAAUUUGCAGAAAUUUAAAUGCCAUGAACUUUACCUAUGAAAUGUAAUGUCAGAACGCAUAGGUGAUUUUAUCUUUAAAAUGUAGACUUGAUUCUGUAAAAGAAUAUUAACUUUGAAAAAUAAGCUAAGGCAAAAUAUUUCAUCUAAGAUAGGUUAUUUUUGCCACCUUCUUAUCUUUUCUUAUCCAUGUGAACUUCUACAACACAUUGUUAUUUCUACAACUUGAUUUUCUUUUAAACUAGGUAUGAUUUAUAAUGGCAUCCCCAAAAAAUUAAUGAAGAUAUUUCAUUGCUAAAAAUGCUGUUAGAGGGGCACGUGAGUGGCUCUGUCAGUUAAGCGUCUGCUUUUGGCUCAGGUCAUGAUCCCCAGGU